AUGGUCAAUAACUUCUCUGUAGACUGGUUGGCGAAGAGCCAUCACGACACCAACCCGAAAGAAGGACCUGUGGACACUGGACAUGUGCAUACUAUGCUAACCCACUUCAAACCCCAUGUUCCUUGCAUGGUCCAGCCUCGACCUCCAACCUCUUCUAACAAGGUCUACCUCCAGCCAAAGCCAAAGACCACAAGGUUUGAAUUGACGAAUUCCACUGAAAAACCAAAGAAUCAGGAAUCCAGGUUGAGCUCACCUCUGCAUCCGACAAGCUGCUCUUCUCCAAGUCGUAAGCAACAUUCAGGCUACUAUAUGUUAACAUUUAAUUUAAUAUUACAUGUAAAAACUUGGUGUUACAACACAUUUAAAUCGUGUUUUUUAUUGAAGAGCAUUUUAUUAACUGAUAUUUUUUCACAGUUUCAGAAAACAGUGGGUACUCCUCGGCGUAUGAUAGUGAGGCUGCCUCCUCGGAAUGUCCCUCGGUGGAAGAGGGGAGCGAGGGAGAGAGAGACGGAGCCCAACGACGUGUACGUACUAGGUUCACACCGUCGCAGAUUGAAAAGUUGGAGAAGAUAUACAACAAGCACAAGUAUCCAGAUGCUGGAAAUCGAGUCAAAACGGCACUGAAGUUGAACCUCUCUGAAACUCAGGUAAGACUAGAAUACAAAAGCACAUUAUACAUUGUGCUGUAGGCCUAUUUAAUUCUACGAGUGUUGAUUUGGUUCUAAUGGUUUUUAUGUUAUGUGUUUCUUGUUUCAGGUGAGAACUUGGUUUCAGAAUAGGAGGAUGAAACAGAAACAGGAACUCCAAGACUUGCGCGCUGAGUACCUCGCUCCCGCCCAGUCUCCGAUGACGUUCCAGCCCAUGCGCCCAUUUCAGUACCACGGCUUCGGUGGACAGCACCUACCAUACACCCCUGCCAACCACGCGAUGUAUCCGCCCAUGGUGCAACAGAUGGUUUCUUAUCAUCAGCACCCCCACCCAACGAUGUCCAACGCAUAUUUUUACUAUAUUAAUUACAUAUUAAGACUAUACGCUACAGACUGA